AUGAUGUCAUUGAAUAUUCCCGUCAUAGUCGCUCUAGCAGCUAUUGUAUAUGGUCCGACGCAGUAUACCGAUGUCUUUUUCGAAAGCCAACUCAGCCAACGUUUCGUUGGGCGCAGCGGCGUCAAGGUGCUUCUCAGCCUCAGUCUUAUUCUGGGUGUUGGAAAGUGGCUCAACAACUUCUUCAACAAACUGGCCUUGAAUCACUGGCGCCUAAAGGCACAUAAAGGCUGGGCCUGGGACAGAGAAAUAGCUGUCAUUACCGGUGGUUGUGGUGGCAUCGGUAGGGAGCUGGUGCUGGGUCUCGUGAAGAAAGGGGUCAAGGUCGCGGUCCUGGACGUUAUCCCCCUUCCAGCAGACAUGGCGACUGAACGACUGAUAUUAUACGUCGAAACCGACAUCACUUCAGCCAAAGCCGUCGCCAAUGCAGCUCAGACCAUUCGAGAUUCCUUCGGAAACCCCACCAUCCUCAUCAACAACGCCGGCAUUGCAUCACCGCACACCAUCCUUGAGACCCCAGCCGAGUUCCUGCCCAAAAUAUUCGGCGUCAAUACUGUAGCUCUUUGGAUCAUGACGAAGGAGUUCUUGCCCAGCAUGAUUGAGCAGAACAAGGGCCAAAUCGUUAAUAUCUCGAGCCUUACGGCGUACAUGGCACUCCCGUCGAUGGUCGACUACUGCGCGUCAAAAGCUGCAUCCUUGACUUUCCACGAAGGCCUCAACUGCGAGCUCAAGACCAAAUACAAGGCCGACGGCAUUAUUACGACGAUUGUCCAGCCCAGCUGGGUGAGGACACCAAUGUCUCCCCAGAACGCUGAUGAGAUUGAAAGAAAGCAGGUCAAGAUGCUGUCACCCAAGGAGGUUGCCGACCGUACUCUGCAGCAAAAGUUCGAUUUCCACGUUUCCGACUACCAGAUAGAGGAGUUUCAGAACUUGCUGAAAGCCUCUAAAAUUGGUUCCGAGACCUGGUAUAACCAGCAGAAUGACACCCAGUUCGGCACCACCAGACAGUGGCUUGCGGAAGCAAAGGAAGCGUGGCACAAGCUGGACUGGCGAGAAACAGAGCAACGCUUGAAAAGCUUCCCCAACUUCAACAUCUCAAUCGAAGAUGGUCAUGUUGGAAAAACGAACAUCCAUUUCAUCGCCCUUUUUUCAGCGAAUCCUGAUGCUCUUCCACUGCUCUUUCUGCACGGGUGGCCAGGCUCAGUCUUGGAGUUUCUUCCAUUACUGGACCUUCUCAUGUCGAGGUAUACUCCAGAGACUCUACCUUAUCAUGUGGUGGUACCUUCUCUGCCGCACUAUGGCCUCUCUGGAGGGCCUUUGGAUGUAGAGCUUACGCUAGAUGCAGCAGCAAGGCUCAUGAAUAAGCUCAUGCUUGGUCUUGGAUUUGGCUCGGGCUACGUUGUACAAGGCGGCGAUAUUGGCAGCUUCAUUGCCAGGAUACUCUCGGCUACGUAUGAGGAGUGCAAAGCAUUUCACAUCAACAUGCUCGCGCCAGGAUCUCAGGAUGAGAUUCUACCCAACGCGAACAUCACAACAGCAGAAGCUGAGCAUGUGCAACGCAUGUUUGACUUUAGUUCUAAUGGAUCAUCCUACAUUCUGGAGCACGGUCUGAGACCUUCUACAACCGGCCUUGUUCUCGCAUCGAACCCUCUAGCAAUGCUAGCAUGGAUUGGUGAAAAGCUUAUUGAAUGGCCCGAUUCUAGAUACCCUCUCCCUCUCGACACUAUCCUCACCUUGGUCAGCUUCUAUUGGUACACCGAUACACUCCCUCGAAGUCUGUACCCAUAUCGAGCCCUUGCGGCAGCCGCAGCUGCAGAUGUGCUUUUCACAGUUCCGACAUCUCGAGAAAAGCCCUUUGGAUACUCUGUUUUCCCGGCCGAGAACAUUUUGAUGCCUCAAGCCUGGGCCCAAAAGGCUUACUCCAAUCUGGCAUACUACAAACGGAAUGACAAGGCAUCCUCCGACAACGCGACGGGUCGAUACAUUGUCGAGAUUCAGCCCUCGACUAUUCUUGCCCGACAAGACUCUACCGUAGUCGACUCGGUUGUCGAUAAAAUCUCCUCCCUUGGUUACGACGCCAAAGUCAAGCAAGACUUUACUUCCAUUUCUGGUCGCUUCCAGGGUGUGUCGGUGGAGAUCACCAACAAGAACUCGACGGGUGCCCUCGACGAUAUCAAAAGCGUUCCUGGUGUCGUUGGCGCCUGGCCUGUUUACCCCAUCGCCUUGGACGUCUCAUUCGAGGUUACCAGUGGUUCGCAGAAAUGGAACCCCCAUAUUGCUACUCGGGUCAAUGAGCUUCAUGAGCGUAACUUCACCGGCAGCGGGCAACGCGUUUGCGUCGUUGACAGCGGUGUCGAUGUUGCGCAUCCAGCUCUUGCUGGCAAGGUUGCCGGUGGAAAGAACCUCUUCGAUACCAGCUCAACCGCACUCACGGACUGCGCGGGCCAUGGAACGUUCGUCUCUUCGGUCAUUGCUGCAUCACACAAGGACUUUUCCGGCGUCGCCCCUGACUCCGAGAUCUACAUGUACAAGGUCUUCGGUUGCGACGAUACGACAUCCAACGACAUGGUUCUGAAGGGCAUGCUUGCUGCUGACUCGGAUGGUUGCGACAUCAUUUCUGUCUCCAUCGGUAGCAACACUGGCUAUGCCAACUCCGUGUUAUCACGGGUUGCCAGUGAGAUCGCUCAAGACAGACUCAUCAUUAUCGCCGCCGGUAACUCAGGCGAGAUGGGUCCCUAUUUUGCCAGCUCGCCGGCUGCUGGUCGUGGGGUCAUCUCAGUUGGAUCUGUCGAGGCUUCUCAGACGAUGGGCUGGCCGGCAACUCUUGUCUCGUCCAGUGGAAAGUCUCUCGAUAUUUCCUACGUCACUUCUGACGGCACCAAGUUCAACGAGACUAUUGAUGUCCCAAUUUCUCUCGACUCCGGCGAUUCCUGUAAUAUCGCGGGAUCUGGAUCAGAGAACACGGCUGUUCUGGCCAAGCGUGGUGUAUGUCCACCUGCUGGGUCCUACGCAUCAAUCGCCAGCGUUGGCUUCAGUUACGGUAUCCUGUUCGACUCAUACAAGCAAGGCGCGUACUACAUGUCCGAUGUGACACCUUGGUCCGACACGCUUCGACUCAUGGCCGUGACAACGGCAUCUGUUGGCGACUGGGCUGCAUCCCAAGCCGGCAGAAACCACACCCUGCACCUUCGUAUCCAAGGUGAUGCCCAGCCCGCCGCAUUCAGUGCCGAGGUUCCUAGCUCCGGUCAGAUCUCGAGUUACACUUCUUGGGGCCCAACAUACGAGAACGGCUUUUCUCCCAUCAUCUCUGCGCCCGGUGGCGUUGUGUAUGGAGCUUUCCCUGACAACAAAUUUGCUAUCUCGUCCGGCACUUCUUUUGCCACGCCGUACAUCUCUGGAGUUGCUGCGCUGUGGUACGCACACGCAAAGAAGGAUCGCGCAGAGUUCGUUCGUCGAUUGACGUCGACUGCUGUUGCUCUUCCCGGAUUCAACAACAACGACGGCCGAGUCGUGUCAGAGGUUGCGUCUCUGGCGCAACAAGGUGCAGGACUUGUUGAUGCGGCGAAACUUUUUGACUCUACGACUGUCUUGCUUUCGGAACCGACUUUGUCUUUGAACGACACAGACAACCGUGUGAACACGCACACAAUCCGCAUUCAGAACACUGGAACAGAGGAGGUAACAUACAACAUCUCCCACAUUGGAGCCUCGACAGUUUCAUCCAGGAAUGUCUUGUUGUAUCCCAACGUCUACUACCCUCCCACUGUUUCCGUUACCGGAUCACUCGCGGAAGCAAAGACCGUCGUCGUAGCCCCUGGAGCAACCGAAGAUAUUGUGGUCACCAUAUUGGCCCCCGAAGUUACUGCUGACAGCGGCGCUCUAUGGAGCGGCAAGAUUCUUCUGGCGGGAUCUAAUGACGAUCUAGUCACGGUUCCUUACAUCGGUAUCGAGGCUUCAACGUACAACUGGACCCCGUUGCACCAUGGACCAGAGUCCUAUCGCUAUGACGAUUCGAAUGGCGACUUGCUCCCAGUUGAUUACCAAGGCAAAGCAUACCGUCCUGCCGAAGGCGAUUCACCAGAGACUUACUUCGCUUUCCGAUACGGAACGUACGAGUUCUCGCUCGACCUCGUUGGAGUUGACUGGACUACCGACCAGUUCUCGUAUCCCCCUCAGCAUGGUUCAGGAUCCAAAGCCUGGCUCGGAUCAGUCAGAUCCCAGCCCAUUGUCCCGGGCAACUACAUGGACUUCCCUAUGCGUGAGAUCGUUCGCUUCAGCCAGGGUAGUUUCGUCACCUUCCGGUCGUUUGCCAACGGCACUGAUAUCCCCUCGGGACGAUACCGCAUUUUCACUCGUGCAUUGCGUAUCUUUGGCGAGGCAUCCAACCCGAAGGACUGGCAACUCUUCCUCUCGGACCCAUUCUCAAUCCAACUUGGCAAUGAUCCUGUUCCCGGUCAAAAUGCGACAUUCACGACAAGGCUUCCGUCAUCAACUGUCGCUGCCACACCAACGUCCGCAGUAUCUGCUGCCACGACAUCUGCGGUCACAACGACGGCUCCAGUCUCUGUGCCCGGCACUACAAGCACGCUGACUGCAACUGCCACGCCAACAGGUCUAUCUGGAGCCUUUACAUCUCUUCAAUUGCAGCGCCUGCGCGAGUCCACCCCUUUCAUCAAUGACCCAGAGGCUUGGAUGGAGUUGCAUGUGCAAAUUUCGCUCCCAACCCCGGUCGCGGCCGACUCCAUUUUGACCUUCGCCGUUCCCUCCGAGAUCACUGACAUCGCUGAGGGUGAUCAACUUUCCGCCGCUGGCGCCCUUGCGGGCUCGACAUCUUUCAAUUCCGAGACUCGUCUGUACACCAUCACCCUUGGGGACUGGACGACUUGGAACAAGAACAUGAUCGGCGACUUCUUCCUGAUGUGUCGCUUCACGCCAGAAUUCGCGGCUUCCAUGAAGCAGGGCACCUACGUUGUGCAGUUCCCCACCGUCGGAAGAGUCCAUGAAGCCACUGUCUACUACACAGCCGUAGACAGAUCCGUCGUCUACGAUCGCAUUUCUACCACACCAUAUGACGGCACUUCCCUCUUCACUGUCGAGGCCGAGAUCCCGGCAUCAUUAGGCCCGUGGGACUAUGUUCGUCUUGAGACAUCCCACGCGACCGACAACGACGGUUUCGUUUGCGACAAUUCCAGCGUCAUAGUCGGCCACGAGUUUGACACCGAGAACCGCAUCACGAGCUUCACAGACGUCACUGACGAAGCUGUCGAGAUCUGCAACGUGAAGAACUUUCGCGCCGUGUACAACCACACCUUGACUGGCGAUGAUGUUUUGCGUUUCACGAUGGGUAGUAUUCAGGGAGAUCGGCAAGCCUGGACUCUUAAUGUUGUUUACUUGCUUGAUGUUCAACUGUCAAAUGGCACGCUCGUCCUGUACGAUGCCAGAAGUUUGGCCUUUGAGAGGAAUCCGCGGUUGAGGAACAAGGGGUUCGAUGCAUUCAGCGGCGAACGUGCCACUGAAAUCAACUUGUAG